CCUGAAUCCGGUCUGUUUCCACGAACGUCAACAAAGCAAGGAAGAAAAACACGAAAAAAUUGUCUCCUUUUUGUGUCUAAAAUAUCAUUAACGGAACUUCGUGUAUCGCCACUAUUAGCAUCAGCCAGGAUUAUUAAGACACGCAGGAGGAAUGUUAUGGCUUGUGAAAGGGUGACUUCAAUUACUAUCAUGGAUGGCAUACAUUUAGAAACUUUUCAUCGUAACUCAGUGGAAUCCAUUGAUAUGAAGGAUGAGAAGGUGGAAGCCAUCAGUCAGAAUGAUUGCCAGGAUAUCGAUGAAGAAAUUAUUGAGGCUAUCCAUGGAGAGAGUACUGUCUUUAUAAAGACUGAAGAUACGGGUAAUGUAAAAGGUGAGAGGCCAGCGUCUGAAGAAGUCAAAAGUCUGGGCAAAGAAGCAGUUGGUGAAUGUGACUUGGGCAUUGUCAUGUGUGAAGAUGUAGAUCCAUUAUCUAAGGAUUGUGAGAGCAAAUGCUCAUCAGAUGAUGUUCGUGAAGGGGAUGAAGAGGCAUCUAAAGAAGUGGAUGCAGUUAAGAAACAUUUCCUAUGUGAUGUAUGUGGUAUGAAAUUCUCUUGUGAGGAUAAGAUGUUGAAACACUCAGAAAUGCAUAGAAAAGGGAAGCUCUUUAUAUGUGACAUUUGUCAUAAGUCAUUCUCUCAGAAAUCCCAUAUAGUAUGCCACAUGAGAGUACAUACAAAGGAAAAACCUUACAUUUGUGAGUUAUGUAACAAGGCCUUUUCUGUAAAAUCAACGUUAGAUGGUCACAUGAGAGUACAUACAAAUGAGAAGCCUUAUAGCUGUAAGGUAUGCAGUAAUUCCUUUACAUGGCAAAGUCAUUUAUUGAGGCACAUGAGAAUUCAUACAAAAGAGAGACGAUACUGUUGUGAGAUUUGCAGUAAGGUAUUUGUUGACUCCAGUAAUCUCUCACGACACAUGAAAAUACACAAACAUGAGAGGCCUUAUGGUUGUGAUAUUUGCAACAAAGCUUUUUCUCAAAAAGGUAAUUUACUGACUCACAUAAGAACACAUACACAGGAGAAGCCCUAUAGCUGUAAAGAAUGUGGAAAGGAAUUUUCACAGAAAAAAGGUUUAGAUCACCACUUAAGAACACACACAAAAGAGAAGCCUUAUAGUUGUGAAAUUUGUGGAAAGUCAUUUUCUGUGAAAUUUAGUGUGAAGAAGCACCAAAUAGUACAUACAAAUGAAAGACCCUAUGAUUGUGAGAUUUGUGGCCAGAAAUUUACUGCGAAAGAAUGUCUGGUAAGACACAUGAGAAGACAUACAAAUGAGAAGCCUUAUCAGUGUGACUUAUGCAACGAGACUUUCAUUACCAGGGCACAUCGAUCAUACCACAUGAAAGUACAUACAGAGGAAAGGCUGUAUACUUGUGAGGUCUGUAAUAAGUCAUUUUCAUAUAAAAAGGGUCUAAUGUUGCACAUGACAGUACAUUCUGAUGAUAAACCCUAUUCUUGCCGUACAUGUAGCAAGGCUUUCAGGAGAAGGAAUGAUCUAGUACAUCACCUGAAGAGGCAUACAAAUGAGAGGCCUUAUAGUUGUAACUUUUGUGAUAAAGCAUUCCAAUUGAAAAACUCUCUUUUGGCGCACAUUAAAAUACACACAAACGAAAAAGCUUUUAGCUGUGAAGUGUGUAGUAAAUCAUUCAUUUCAAAUAAUAGAUUGGUGAGGCAUCUUAGAGUGCAUUCAACGGUGAAGCCCUAUAAUUGUGAGAUUUGUAGCAGGUCAUUUUCAGAUAAAAAUUAUUUGACAAAACAUAUGAGAACACACUCAAAGGAGAAGCCUUUUACCUGUGAAUUGUGUAAUAAUUCAUAUACAUGGAAACAUGCUUUAAUGAUCCACAUGAGAACACAUGGCGAUGAAAGGCCAUGUGUCUGCGAUAUUUGCGGCAAGGCAUACAAAUAUGAAAAUACUUUACGAACUCACAAAAAAACGCAUACCAAAGGUACCCAGGAUACAAAGAGUGAAAAGGAUAUGGAGGAUUCUCAGGAUACAAAGAAUAAAAAGGAUACGCAGGAUUCUCUCCAUACAGAGACUAAAAUGGAUAUGCAGGAUUCUCUCCAUACAGAGACUAAAAUGGAUAUGCAGGAUUCUCAGCAUACAGAGAGUGAAAAGGAUACACAAGAUUCCCAGGACACCCAAAAAAAUCAAAAUCUAUACCUAAUAAUGCUUCCUCCUAUACAUCUUAUAUAUACACCCUUAUCUUUACCCAAUAAUCCCCUGGAGCCAACUCAGCUGGCUGCCAAGGAUGUAUGCUGAUAAAAAAUUAUCAAUGUCAUUCAAGACAGUGUAUAAAGAAGAGAACCUGGGGACUAGACAUAAAUGUUUACAUAGAUUGAUGUGUGUGUGGGGGGGGGGUGUUUGAGAUUAAGUGUUCAAGAGUGUGCAAGAUAUGCAAAGUGUAAAUAUAAAUUAUCAAUUUAUAAUGCAAAUUGUCAUAUGAAUUUUUGACUGCAUAUUCUAAAUAUACUGUAAUAGUAAAAUAAAGGUUAUUACUUAGGGGUAAUUGUAAAUACAUAUUGUAAUUGUAAAUGUACAAGAA